UCGGCUCGUGUUUCUGAUGUUAGUGCAUAGAGUUUGCGUAUUCCUGCCUCCACUUUGAUUUAGUUGUCCAUUAUUCUGUUUGUCUGCUUUGAGUUUAAAGCGUUAUCGUAGCGUGUUACCGUUAUUUGUGAGUAUUUUUAAAUUUUCACCGCAAUGGCUGCAAUGCGAAGCGUAGAUAGUGUAUCAGGUGAUAACAGUGACCUUUUGGCUGCCUUGUCGUCAUCACCAUCGUUGUCGACUAUUCCGGCAUCACUUCAGCCUGUUAGGGCAUUAACUAUUACUGGUACUAAGAAACGUAAGGUCACCGCGGACUCGUAUAAGCCCAAAACCGAUGCAGUUAGCUUAGCUCGGCGUGGGUUUACCCAGGGGCAGGUUGCAUUUCAGUACGAAGGUGGGCCGGUAAUUAAAUUUGGAGGAGAAAAAUUCAUUGCAGUUUACUUGAUGAACAACCGUUUGCGAUACAUUAUUGGGGAGUUUGAUAAAAAUCAGGAGGGUCAGUGGGUUCCGAGUUUAGCGUCCAAGCAUGUCGAGUUAGAUGCGAAGCAGUUUGCCAAACUAAUGGGUUUACAACUGUGUGGACAACUGGAAAGACUGAUCAAUUAUGACGAAGGCUCUACACCCAUUACGGCAAUGCAUGACCUGGGCGGAGGUUACUUCUUUAACUGGGGAUGGCUUGACGAAGUACCCAUUGCCAACAUUCGGGUUUACCUUGAAGCAAACAGCCUGAAAGAACCGGGAACAAAGGUGGUCAUCGGCUCACCCAGUGAGAAACGACUUGCGAUGAAUGAAAAGAACUGGACGGCGUUCUGUGAACUUUUGGACAACGGAACCAUCCUUAAGCAUACGUAUGAGGUGCUGAAGGGACGAUCCGGGUACCCUACCAUGCAAGUCUGCCAAGCCGACUACCAGGAUAUUUUGAGAAGCUACCGUGGCCUAUGA